AUGAGACUGAUCACUGUGCUGCUCGUGUGUUGCGUUGUGCUGAUGAAAAACGUAAUAAGCCGAAGCCUGGCUAAAGAAGGAAAUUUAAGUUUACCAGCGAUCGCUUCAAAAUACGGAUACACUACACAAUUAUAUGAUGCCAUCACUGAAGACGGUUACAUUCUUCGACUGUUCCGGAUUCCUGGAAUGAGGAAGGUACCCAUUCUUCUUAUGCACGGAAUACUAGAUUCCGCGAACACUUGGAUAAUAAGAGGUAAUACAUCACUGGCCAUAACACUUGCGAAUCAGGGUUAUGACGUGUGGCUAGGCAACUGCAGAGGCAACAGAUAUUCUCGACGUCACAUCUACCUCGACCCCAACAUUGACGAAGACUUCUGGAACUUUUCUUUCCAUGAAUACGGGUUUUACGAUUUAGCAGCGAUUAUUGAUACUGUUUUAUACAUAACCGGUGCCGACCAACUUGACGCUAUUGGACAUUCUCAGGGAACCACCAUGUUCUAUGUACUUGGCUCCACAAGACCAGAGUACAAUCAAAAGGUUAACGUCCUCGUAUCACUGGCGCCCGUGUGCUACCUCCAGAACGUUCCACCACCAUUGAAGAUGAUGAUUCAAUAUUCACCAAUUAUCAACAACCUGGCGACAUCACUUCGUGCACAAGAGGUUUUUAAAGAAAACGCAGAUAUGAAGAAUGCAUUGAAAGCGUUAUGCAUGCAUCCAUUAAUAGGGUAUUCCAUGUGCAUUAGGGAUACGGUGUUCCCAAUAACUGGUGACGAUGAGGAGGAACUGGAAGCUGACUUUCUACCAGUUUUAUUAGAUCAUUUUCCAACGGCAACAUCUGUGAAAAAUCUGUAUCACUUUGCUCAAGUCAGCUACAGAAGGCAGUUCGUACGCUUCGAUUAUGGAGCUGAUAUCAAUUUAGAUAUGUAUGGGUAUCCGAUCCCCCCAAAAUACGAUUUAGAUAAUGUAGAAAUGAGAGUCGCUCUGUUUGUUGGGCAAAACGACUUCGUAUCAACAGUAGAAGACGUUGCGAUAUUAAAACAGAACCUUCCUAACGUGGUACAGCACCUGGUGAUUCCACGUAGAAAAAUGAACCACGCCGAUUUUGUCUUAGGUCGACAUAUGAACGAGUACCUCUUUCCGUACAUAUUUGAUGUCUUAAGGACGUAUGAAUCAGAAAAUGUUUUGAAUGUUAGCCAUUAA